UACUAGCCUCCGCCUGACAAAUAAAUCUAAUUUCACAGAAGUGUAUACGAUUGCUUAUACUUAAGAGUAUAUAGUACGUUCAGUCGAUAGCGAAGAGCUGAAUUCCACGGUAGGAAAGUAUUUUCAAUCAAUAUACAUCAGUAACAGAGCAUAAGUCUAUCUGCAGUGGCUACAAUUGUAUACAGUGUUGGCUACUCGAGGCAAUAUAACCUCAAAUAUUUUCUCAGUGAAAAUUCACAGUGAGCAUACAUAUAAUCAAGCGAAUAAUGGAAAGUAGACAGAACAACGUUAGGGUAAAGGAAGAAUUGGACGAUUCUUGGACAGAUGCUAAUAUUUUUGAUUCAAAAAACUCUUGCGAAGCGAAAAACUUUAAUUUUUAUCAAUCACCAGCAAAUCAUAUGAAUAAGGUAUUGCCAUUCCAGGAAAUGGUAGAUGAAAGUGUAGCCGCAGAUUUCGAGAGCAAAGAUGUUAAACUUGAACUGAAGUCUGUAGCGAUAAACACAUGCAAAUCUGAGUAUCAAAGUUAUGCACCAAUUAUAAAAAUAGAAAACGAAAACGAGGCAGACGACAAGCAUAAACAAAUAUUCAUAGAUUUUGAAUGCAGUGAGGUUAAGCCUAAGUUGAAGUCUCUAUCGGCCACUAUUUGCAAAUCUGAGUAUCACAACUAUCUACCAGUUAAGAAAUUAGAAAACGGACACCAGAACAGUAAUAUGAUUGAAAAUUCAUUGAUUGAUUUAGCAGUACAUAAUCAAAUAAAACCCUUCGAAUGUAAAAUUUGCCUAAAAUCAUACGCCCGAAAAAUUCACCUUAAAUCUCACAUGCAAGAAGAACAUGAUAUUAGCCAACGCUUAGAAUGUGUUAUAUGUCAUAAGUCAUAUAGCUACGAGGGUAGCCUCAAAAAACACUUAAAAGUAGUGCAUAUUUGCAGCAAUCUUUUAGAAUGUAAAAUCUGUCAUAAAUCAUUUAGAUUAAAAACUGAUCUCAAUGUACACAUACGUUUAGUACACAAUCGUAUCAAACCCUUCGAAUGUGAUAUAUGUCACAAAUCAUUUGGUCGCAAACCAAACCUUGAACGUCAUGUGAACGCAGUACAUCGUCGAAUCAAACCCUUCGAGUGUGACAUUUGCCACAAAUCAUUUGGAUACCAGAUUCUACUCAAAAGUCACCUUAUGUUAGUACAUGAUCGUAGCAAAGCAUUCGAGUGCGAUAUUUGUCACAAAUCAUUUGGACGGAAAGGUAACCUCAGCUUACACAUAAAUGCGGUACAUAAUCUUCUCAAACCUUACGAAUGUGAUAUAUGUCACAAAUCAUUUGGAUACAACAGUACCCUCAAGAAUCACAUAAGUGUAGUACACGAUGGUAGCAAACCCUUCGAAUGUGAGAUUUGUCAAAAGUUGUUUGGACUAAAACACCAUCUUGGAUCUCACGUAAAUACAGUACAUAAUCGGAGCAAACCUUUUGAAUGUGGGAUUUGUUACAAAUCAUUUGGAUACAAAGGCGACCUCAAAAAACACAUAAAUGGAGUAGAUGAUCGUAGUAAACCCUCCGAAUGCAAUAUUUGUCACAAGUCAUUUGGAUACAAGCCUCAAAAAGUACAUAAAUACAUUACAUGGUCGGAGUAAACGGUUCGAGUGUGAGAUUUGUCACAAAUCAUAUAGUCGCAA